CAGCCCAAUCCCGCCAGGCUGGAGGUGGGGGAGGACUCUGCUCCUUCUUAAGCUCCAGCAAUUCAAGCCAGGGCUAGAAAGCCAGCCAGACAGCCGCCCCUCAGAUCUCCACCUGUCCUUCCACAGCCAGGAAGAGCUCAGGAGCAGAUACCAGCCAGGAUACCUCUGCCACCGCGCCACUCGCCCUGCCAGCAUGACCAACCAGCUGACCGAGGAGCAAAUCGCUGAGUUCAGGGAGGCCUUCUCUCUGUUUGACAAGGAUGGCGAUGGCUGCAUCACCACCCAGGAGCUGGGCACGGUCAUGCGGUCCUUGGGCCAGAAUCCCACAGAGGCUGAGCUCCAGGGCAUGGUGAAUGAGAUAGAUCGGGAUGGAAACGGCACCGUGGACUUCCCAGAGUUCCUGGGAAUGAUGGCCCGGAAGAUGAAAGACACAGACAGUGAGGAAGAGAUUCGGGAGGCCUUCCGCGUGUUCGACAAGGACGGCAAUGGCUACGUGAGUGUUGCUGAAUUGCGGCACGUGAUGACCAGGCUGGGGGAGAAGCUGAGUGAUGUGGAAGUGGAGGAGAUGAUCCAGACCGCAGACCUGGAUGGAGAUGGGCAGGUGAACUACGAGGAGUUUGUCCACAUGCUGGUGUCCAAGUGAGGCUGCAGAGGGUGUGCUGCUGCCCACCACCCACUUGACUGGGCAGGGGCUGCCUUGUGCUACAGCAAGACCCUCAUUCAGCUUUCUCUUCCAUUCUCAGCUUCCUCUGGGCACUGUUCUCAGGCAAAGUGGGUUCAGAUCCACCUUCCUGCCUCUCACCUUUUGCAUCUCUUUUUUUGCCAACUGCCUGCCUGCUCAUCUUGCAUGAUACAGAACACUGGCCCUCUGAGCAAACUGUACCUCUUCCAUAGUGCAGGGGUAGAAAUAGAGUGAGCUGCCUCUUCAUGGACAAAGAGCCAAAGGACCUGUAAAGGUGUCACUGACUGCCGUGCAUCAGGAUGGGUCCAGUGACACUUUAGAGUUUCUUGUGCAAGUGCAGAACCAGGGAAACUGUAGCCCUCAGUCCCUGCCAGAAUUCUGGGGCUUCUUGGACUGAAGACUGCAUCUGCUGUCACAUUUGAGCUACAUCUUGGCCUUGGAAUGGGGGAUGCUGAUAAAAAGUGACCGCUGAGGUCAGGCCAGCUAAAAAUCAUCGCUUCCUUCCGCACAGCACUUGCUCGCUCCAGUCUGUCUUUGCCAAGUCUCUGUGAUUCAUCUUCUGAAGCUGGGAGUGAAACUGGGGUCAGUUGUAACAUGUUUAUAUGCGUGUAGGAGAGAAAUUUGAAUAGAUGGGAGAGGGACACUGUGGAGGAAUAAAGAAGAUACUGGCAUUCUUA